GACUUAAAAACGGACGAAGAGGUAAUCUUAUAUCGGAUCUCAAUUCCUUCUAUUUAUAACCGCCAGACGCGACUUCUUCUGUGAUAUAUUUAGCUUUGGAUCUUACUCUUCCUGUCUCUCUCGGUGUGGUUUUCUACGAUGUGGCGUUUUGGCAACCUGACAGACGGACUUCGGGAACGAGACUGCGGAGACGGAAGAACGCGUUGGCCGUUUGGAGUUCGGUGGUGGUUUCGGUGGGGUUGCACGCGUCUUCGUCGUGAUCUUUCCCAAAAUUAUCGGUGAUGGAGGAUUAGGUCGGGUGCGGUUUCCGUCGGAGUGGACGAGCCUCGGUGGAACCGGAGAACUGGUUUACUUGCAAGGCUUUGGACAGACCAUGUUAUAUCGAAUCAGCGUUAAUCGAGGAAACUCUAAACGAGGUCUUACUGUAUUUGAAACAGCAUACCUGAUCUUUCUCCAUCGCUGCUAAGAAUUGGGCAAAGAUAAAUCAUGGAGGACAAAAGUAGCUUAGAAGAACCUUCUGGGCAUGUUUGCGAUCUUUGUGGAGCUGUAUCACCAUCUAUAUUUUGUUCUCAGUGCAAUAAAAGGUAUUUUUGUGGAUCUUGUGAUGAUAUGUAUCAUACUCACCCAAAACGACAAACUCAUGUUCGUCAGUCAUUGAUAGAUACUAAAACUGAAAGUCCUGUUCGCCCACCAAAGAAACGAUCACAUCUCCAAACAUCUGAUGUUUCUGGUUCUAGAGAUUCUUUUGUUGAAAAAGAACAUUUAGAUACUUCUGGAAUACCAACUCCUCCAUCAAAACGAAGGUCAAAUGUUCAAAGUCCUGUAGAACCAUCAGUAAGUGCCACAAGUCUUUCUUCUCUUCCUGAAACAUCUAACAUCUCUUCUGUUUCACCUUCAAAAAGACAAUCUGAUAUUCAGAUGCCUGUUGAAAGUUUGAUAAGUGAUGAGAAUUUGAUGACUGUUCCAGAAAAGUUAACUGAAUUUACAACUAUUCCUGUUCCUCCACCAAAACGAAAAUCUAGAACUCCUGAAGUCAUAAAAAAUAUUAGCUGUGAAAGCAUUUCUGAAAAAAUGAAAGAUGAAUCAGAUGUAUUCAAGAUUCCACCUGUUCCUCCUCCAAGGAGAUCACAUUCCCAAACAUCUGUUGACAAAGGAAGUACAGAAAGUUUAGAAAAAAAAUCUGUUUUAGAAAAUUUAACUUCUGCUCCUGUUCCACCAAAGCGAAGAUCACAUUUACGAACACCUGAGAGUGAAACCAGUUUACCUGCUUUAGAUGAUGAUAAAGAAGUAUUAUUUUCAAAAGAGCAAAGUAUACCAGUUCCUCCCAAGAGACAUUUUCACAGAAGGACUCCUGAUAGUGUUUUGAGUCUUCCAGCUAUGUCAUAUCAUGUAGAAGCAAUGUUUUCGAGUGAUUCCUCAACAUUACCAAUCAUACCUAAAAGGAGUUCACGUUUGAAAACUCCUGAUAGUGUAACAAGUCUUCCUACUUUACCCAAUCAGAAAGAAGCUAUGUUUUCUAGGGCCGAUAUUCCUACACCUCCACCAAGAAAAUCAAUUCGAACAUGUAGUAGUAUUACUAGUCUUCCUAAUUUUUCCAUAGAAUAUACUACCGCACCUACACCUCCACCUAGAAGAAGAUCACGGCUUCCAACUCCAGAGAGCUUACCUGAUAGGGAAAGAACUUCUGCUACUCAUUCGCCUACACCUCCACCAAGAAGAAAAAAGCGAGAAUUAGAAUUAAGCAAUUUAUCAUUACAAUCUUCUAGUGAACAUAAAAGAGAAUGUCUUCAAUCUCAAGAUGAGAUAAAACAUGAAUCAGAAAUAAAAGAAUCUACAUUAAAAGAGAGGAGAAUAUUACAAAGUUAUGAAAACAUAAUUCCUCCCCCCAGAAGAAGCAAACCACAAUCAGCAUCUGACUUGGUAUUAUCUAAAAUACCAUUUGAAGAGAAAAGAGCAACUUUGCCUCGCUCAGCAGAUUAUAGCCAAGUAGUUAAACGACCAAUAUCUGCCACUCUUGCUCUUGGAGAAGAUCUACAGGAUUGGGGAAAAGUCACGUCUGCACCAGAUGUUAGAAGUGUUAACGUCUGGGAGAACAUUAAACAGUCACAAACAGAAUUUCAAGAGGAAAAUAUUUUGGUUGAAGAUUAUGUUAAAAAACAGAGUGAUCAUUAUUUAUCUGAUGUUCACCAAUCAAAGGCUGUUCCACUUCAGACAUCUAGUCCAACACAAUUACAAGCAAGUGGAACUGUUGCAUCAUCUCAAAUUCAUCCUCAUUUUCCAUAUUCUCAGCCAUCAUAUACUACAGCUGUUCCUCAUCUUUCAUCUGUCUAUUCUUCAAGUUGUCCACAAUGCUAUGUACAUUCUUGGUCAAAUUUAACUCCUACUGCCAACUGGCCAACAGAAAAAGAAGACUUGGCAUUGCAUAAACAUGGAAUGAAGCGCAGCCAUAGUGCUAUACAUGAUCCAUCUUCAGUACAUCCAGGAUACCAUCCUGCUGGUCCAGGACUGUAUCCUUAUGGUAGCAUGGUUCCUCAUAUCUGUCCACAUGGACAUCACAGUCCUCAUUCCUAUGCAACAGAUAGUUCUAGUCAAUCAUCAUCAUGUCAGAGACGACCAAGAAAGAAACGAAGUAGUUCCAGAAAGAAGAAAACUGAAAGUGAUGAACGACAAAAGCAUUCUGAAUCUGGAAGUGAGUCGGGUGAAGUUGAUGUGCAUAGUUUCACUUCAGAAGAAUUAAAAGUUACAUCUGAUGUGAAACCAUCUACAGAAGAUUAUCACCAUAAACAUGAAGACACAUGGGUUUGUCAGCAUUGUACUUACAUUAAUGCACCAGGUAGCAAUAUUUGUGAAAUAUGUUGUAAAACGACUCUUCCUGAAACAUUUAUAACAAAAGAAAGUGAAGAUAAAGAAAAACUUGAAUUUGUUCAUGGAGAAGAUGUAAUGAGAGAAGGUCCUGACCAGAAAUUAAAAUGUGAAGAUUUUGAACAGACAACAUUAACUUCUGACAAGAUUCAGCAUGUUGAAAAAACUUCUUCAAAAUUAGAUACUGUUGAACAAGCUUCAGAAAUUUUAUCUGAAGAAGCAACAACAGAAACUGAAAAGCAUGAAGUAACAUUAGAUGUUAGUCACCCUGGUGAUCAGAAAGAGUCAUCCUGUCAGACAAGUCAUGAAUCUCUGGGAGAAUUUUCGUCACGUGAAAAUUUAGAAUUUAGUUCACAUCCCUCAAGAGCAGUAAUGUCGGAUGUAUCUCCCCAGACGUCUCCUCUUCUUGGAAGAAAGGGACUCCGUCGACCGACACCACCACCACUUGGGUUUUCACCUUUGUUUGGAAGGAGUGCACAUGCUGGACAUUCACAACAAUUAAUAUCACGCACAACAGGUCACAGUGAUUUAACCGUUGCAGGUCGUGGUCUUCUUCCACAUGAACCAGUCCACGAUAGUUCGGGUUAUGGAACGACAGAUUCUCUUUAUCACAGCUGGAGUCACCCAUCUCUUUUUGGUGAUGCUAGUCAUGGCCAAGAUCGAUCGUUUUCUCCUCGUCCAUUGAGUCCAAGAAUAAGUGAAACUAAAAGGGGAGAAAGUGGGUUAUCUGCUAGUGAUGGUGUUCAAGUAGGCUAUGCUACACAGAAAUCAAAGAUUCACUGGGAAUCUGAUCCUGGACAACUGAGCAGAGAUAGUGAUUUUGUACAAAGUCGACUUUUAGGAGAGAAUCAUAAUGAAGAGUUAAAGAAUUUAAUUAGAGAAGCCGAGCAAUACGGAUUUUCCAUAGAAGAUGUUCAAGUUGCAUUAGAGAGAUGCGGUCGAGAAGAUCCAUUGGUUUGGUUAGAAGAGAAUUGGCAAAGAAUGAUAGAAAAUGUUGCUGCUCUUGCUACUGAUUAUAGUGAUGACAAAAGUAGAAUGGAAAUUGGAAUUGUCUCACCAAAUGAAGCGAGAGAUGCUCUUAGAACACACAGAGGGGAUAUGAGAGUUGCAAUUUUAGAGUGUGUCAACAGCAGAAAAUUAAAGAUUGAAGAACUUUCUGCCAGAGGAAACUUUAAUGAAGAUGAUAUUGCUGAAGCUCUUACAGCAAAUCAGGGUAAUAUUGAACUGGCAUAUGCAGAUCUUGUUAAAUCUACUUUACAACCUUUUCUUUAUUCAUCAUGGGAGCAAAAGGAUAAGCAGAGUAUUCACGAAACUGAAGAAUCUACUGUCUUAACUGUUUCAGAGUCUGAAAAAAGAAAAUCUCCUAGUUUGAUAAGUAAACUUCAUUCUAGAAUGAAAGAUAUAGAAAAAAGAGAAAAAGAAACUUUAGAACAUGAAAAACAUUUUUUACACUUGACUGAGCAAAAGGAAGAAAAAUCUCUUUCAGAAGAAUUAAUGAAAUCUGAGGUGAAGGAUAGCACAGAAAUUGGAGAUAGUCAAAAAUCUAUUGAAUUAUUGAAGAGUGAUAUUCAUAUUCAAGAAGAAAUAAUUCCUGCUGAUGAAAAUGAUAAUCUUAAAAUGCAACAUGUAGAAAAAAUAAAAGAAGAAAGUGAAAGGAAAUUAUUUUCAAAUAUUGAAGAAACUGAAAACAUUUCACAAACCAAAAAUAUUGAAACUGAUAAAAAACCAGUUUCUGUUGAGACAUAUGAAUCAGAAUCACCAACUGCAUUUAAUAUAAAGCUGAUAGAUACAAUUAAAACUGAAGCUCCAAUGUUACAAGCUUCAAAAUCAUUGACAUCUGUUGCAAGACCUUUAACACCUGAUAUGUCUAAGAAGAAAACCUCAAUUUUACAAACUUCAAAAUCUUUAUCUUUUGAAAGUACUGAAAGUAGAAAACCAAUUUUACAUACUACAAGACCUUUAACUCCUGUGAUUAAAAGUAGCAAAUAUGAAGAUGACUUUUCAAGAGCUAUCUCAUCAGAAUUACUUGCUGAAGAAAUGGGUGAUUUAUUUGCAAGUGAAGAAACAAUGCAGCAAAUUGAAACUGAAGUACCUGUUGUUGAAAAAAAAGAAGAAAUCCAAGAAGCAGAAGUAAAAGAGUGUAUAAUGGAAGAAAAAAGUCCAGAUAUAAAAGAAAAGAUAGAGAAAGAUCAUACAUCUACAAGUGAGGAGGAUUUUGAAGAUGCUCCAGGUGUUGCUCAAGUAGAAGAUAUUACAGAAUAUGGUAGUGUAAAAUAUGGAGAUUAUGGGUUUGCGUCACCAGCAGCACAAAUGUAUGCAUCAUUGAUACAGUCAGCUGAAGUCACCAGUCCAAAGAAGAAAAAACAGAAAAGUGGGAAAACUGAAAUAACAAAACCAUCACCUGAAACUGCUCCAUCUUUAAAGUGGGUCUCACCAGGUAGGACUAUCCUUGCUGAAGAUAAAUGGCCAGUGAAACCAAAUUUGACAAUUCCCCAAACUCAUACUGAGGAAUCUCAUGUAAAAGGUCAUAAAACUUUUAAAGAACAAAUAGUACCAGCAUCAACCUUCCACAAUGGUAAAUUGUUAUAUGAAAAAUCAGAUCAAUUGGAUUCAAAUGGUAAUAAAAUAGCUUCAGACAAUGAAAGUUUAACAUCAGAUACCUAUGCAGAUGCAUUUGAAGAACACGCAUCAUUUCGAUCUUUUAAAUCAUUUUCAGAUACUGAAAGUUUGGCAUCUGAUGCUUACACUGAUGCUCUGGAACCCACUUCUCCUCCUCCAUUUUAUUCUGAAUACAAAUCAGAUACUGAAAGUUUGAUAUCUGAUACCUUCACAGAUGCACCAGAAGAAUUAUCUUCACAGGCAGAGUUCAAAACUCCACCAAUGACUGAUACUGAAAUAGAUUCAGAAGGAAAGGAACAAUUCAAAAAACAUUCAAUGUCAGUAUCUGAUAAAUUGAAACCUGAACAAGUAUUAGAACAAAGUGCUAAAUUAAGUGAAAUACAUACAGUGGAAAAGACCAUAGAAGAAAGUGAACAAGAAUCAGUUCCAUUAGAGAAUGUUGAAUCAUGGGCUGUAGCAAGCUUAUACGAAUCACUUAUGUCAGAAGUGGUUGUAGAAAAAAAGCCACUAAAGUCUAAGUCUAGCACAAAAAAGUCUGUUAAAGACAGUAAAUCCACAGAGAAAAAGAAGGAAAUUCCAUUAACAGAAGAGAAAAUUUUUAAACAGAAAGAAAUGAAAAGUGUAGAAGGGAAUAUAUCCCAAAAGUUAAUUUCUGAGGAAGACAUAAGCAAGCAUAUGAGAAAAAAAGAAACAAAAGAAAAUAUUGAAAUAUCAGAAAAGUACACCAAGGAAAUACCAGUACAAAAAGAAGUUGUAAUCAAAUCUGAAGAAUUGAAUGUUGAACUUCCAACAUCAGCAAUAGAAAAAACUGAACAGAUAAAUUUAUCAGGUACUAUUGAAUAUACUUCAAACAUAAUAUCUGAAACAUCAUUGGAAGAUACAUUAACAAUAAAGGAUAGAUCUUUAGAAAAAGAAAGUACAUAUAAUGUCACUGUUGUGCCAAAACUAUCUAUUGAUGAUAAUUUACCUGUUGCAAAAGAUACUGUAAAAGCUGAAAAAGAAGGUGAAAUUUUUUCAAAACAAUAUCAACUUCAAGAAGAAAAAGAUAAGGAGAUCAUACCACUUAAAAAAGAUGAUGAAACUUUAUUAAAACAGGAAAGUUCACAAUAUUUCCAACUUCAAGAAUCAGUCAAAAAUAUUUAUGAUUAUGAAAAAAGAGAAACUAUUCCUGAAGAUUUAAGUACAGAUAUAGGAGACAUUGAUUCUAAAUUAGUUGAACAGAAUUUAAUUGUAAAAGAAAUAACUUUGAAAGAUGAAUCUGAUAUGACAACUUACGAAUUACAAAGAGAUAAUGAUAUUCUCACACAGAAUAUUUCUGUUUUGGAAUCAGAUGAACAAAAUAUUAGAAAAGAAUUUCAUGAGAUGACAACAGAAACAGAUAUUGAUAAAAUACAAGUCACUUAUGCAGACUCACAAAAAAUUGAAACUGAUAAAAUGUUUUAUGAUGAAGAUAAACAUUUUUCCAAAUUGAGAGAACCAAUGGAAACAGAAUUCACUUAUUCAAUGGAUGAUAAAAUAGUUGAAAAAUUUGAACAAACUGAAUCUGAAAACUUACCUGAAGAAGAAUUACAGUUUUAUGAUGAUGAUGAUUAUUUUAUUACUGAAGAAAGAGAACAAGAUUUGCAAUACUUGCAAGAAGAAGUACAAGAACAAUUUUCAGCUGAAAUUGCUGAUACAUUUGCAGAUGUUGAAUCUUCUCUUAAACAAAUAACAGAAGAGCUGGAAGAAGAAGAGAGAUUAUUUCUAUCAGAGCCAUUUUUAAAAGAAACAAAAGAAAUAUUUACAGUACAAGAAGAGAAUAUUAUAGAAAAAUCACCUAAGUCUUCCCUAAUUGAAUUCAGUGAACAAUCACUACAAAAAGAUGAUGUUACAUCUCUAACUGAAAAAUUUCCAGCAACUGGUGAAACAUAUGAUCAUAGAAUUUUACCUGAAGCUGAAAUCAAAAGAGAAGAAAUGAAAUCAGAAGGUGAGAAAGCAAAACGAAAAAUGGAGGAUAGAGAAAAAUUAUUUUCAUUAGAUACAAAGUAUAGUAAAGUAGAUAACAGUGCAGAAUAUGCAUUACUUGAAGCUACUCAAAUAUCUUCUGAACGUAUAAAAUUGGAGGAAGUAAAAGAUUUUGGAAUAAAGAUAAAAGAAGAUCAUGAAAAAUUAAGUAAAACAAAAGAAGAAACACAAGAUAUUAGUGCUAAAGAAGAAACAAUAAAACAAAUUGUAGGAAGUUCAGAAGUACCAAUUUCUGAAGAAUAUACAGAAGUACAGUCAUCUGAUUAUAAAAUAAAAUUUCCUAAAAUAGAAAAAUGUGAAGUACUAGGGAUGAAAGCAAUUUUAACUCAACAACCUAAAGAAACUGAUUUGGAAAAAGCUAAAGAAAUAGAAACAUUGAAAGAACAUUUCACUGAGAGAUCUGAAAUAAGAUCAUUAGUUGCUGAAGAACAUUUUGAAGAGAAAACAAUUACAUGUGAGAAACAACAUGUGAAAUUAGAAAAUUUAAAAGAAUUUGGAAUGAAAGCAGCAGAACUCCAACAAAUAGAAGACAUAGGAAUGGAAGAAACAAAAGAUAUUAGUCAAAAAGAAACACCAAAAGAAUGCUUUGCUGAAAGUUCUGAAGCAGAGACAUCAGCUUCCGAAGAAUAUGCUGAAGAAAAAACACUUACAUACAAGAAACAACACUUGCAAUUGAAAAGCGUAAAAGAAUUUGGAAUGAAAGCAGCAGAACUCCAACAAGUAGAAGACAUAGGAUUGGAAGAAACAAAAGAUAUUAGUCAAAAAGAAACACCAAAAGAAUGCUUUGCUGAAAGUUCUGAAGCAGAGACGUCAGCUUCCGAAGAAUAUGCUGAAGAAAAAACACUUACAUACAAGAAACAACACUUGCAAUUGAAAAGCGUAAAAGAAUUUGGAAUGAAAGCAGCAGAACUCCAACAAGUAGAAGACAUAGGAUUGGAAGAAACAAAAGAUAUUAGUCAAAAAGAAACACCAAAAGAAUGCUUUGCUGAAAGUUCUGAAGCAGAGACGUCAGCUUCCGAAGAAUAUGCUGAAGAAAAAACACUUACAUACAAGAAACAACACUUGCAAUUGAAAAGCGUAAAAGAAUUUGGAAUGAAAGCAGCAGAACUCCAACAAGUAGAAGACAUAGGAUUGGAAGAAACAAAAGAUAUUAGUAAAAAAGAAACACCAAAAGAAUGCUUUGCUGAAAGUUCUGAAGCAGAAAUGUCAGCUUCUGAAGAAUGCAUAGAAAUAAAAACUUCUAUUUAUGAAAAGAAAGAAGCUAACAUAGACAGUAUUGCAGAUAUAGGAAUGAAGGCAACACAAAGUAAAGAAUCAGAAAAAUUUUAUUUUGAAGAAACUGAAACAAUUAAAAAACAAGAAAUUAAAGAGCAUAUUGCAAAAAGCUUUGAGACUGAAAUGUCUGCAUUAGAGAAAUGCAAUGAAGAAGAGUCUUUAUUACUUAAAACAAGAGAUGUGUGUUUGGAAAGAGAAGCAUAUAAACUUGAUGAAAACUUUAACAAACAAGAAUAUGUUGCAGAGGCUUCUAUAGAAGAAAUGAAAACUGAUGAAAAACAUUUAAAAAAUAUAGCUCCACUUGAAGAGAAGCAAAUUUCUUUAGUUCAAGAAACUGUUUCAGAAAAAAUUUCAGAAGCUUCUAUAAAGUCCUUGAUAACAGAAGACAAAGAUGAGGCAGAAAAUAUAAAGGUUGAAAGUUCUACUGAGAGAGAAAAAGAAAAAGUAUUGAAUGGAACUAAAAUGGAAGAUGAUAAAUUGCAGGAAAUUAAACUAUUUUCAGAUGUUCCAAAACCUCCACGUCGAAAAUCUAAAGCCGAAAAGAAACAAAUAGAGAAAGGAGAACAAGCCUCUUGGCAAUCUUCUGAAAGUCUAGCAGUAAGUGAAACUAGUGCAGAAAUAUCAAUAGCUGAAAGUGAAGAAUCAAUCAAUUUUUUUGAUUAUAUGAAAUCAUUUUCUUCCUCUGAAAAAAUAGAUUCAGCAAAUAAAUCUGAAACUGCUUCAACUGUUGCACCUAUUCCACCUCGCAGAAAAUCGAGAACUCUAGAAAGAAAACCAAGAAAGUCCGAAGAUGACAUUUUAACCCAGCAGAGCAAAAGUGUAGAAACACUACCAACUGAAGAAGGAGAAUUUAAUUAUUUUCAAUAUCUAAAAACAGCUGAUAGCGGUGAAAAUAAAAUGCCAAUUCGUCCAAGAAGGAAAUCAAAAUCUGAAAAAGAUGAAACAUCAUCACAAAUUUCAUGUGAAGAUAUAUCAUCUGAACUUGACUUUAAUAUUCAACAUGUACCUCCUCAAAGAAAGAUAAAAUCUCAUGAAAAAAUUGAUAUGGAAAGUAAAGAACAAGCAUCUGUAUCUAGCAUAGGCAUUCCUGCUGAAACAAAGUUAAGUAAAAUUUCAGAUGCAACUGAACCAAUGGAAGUAGAAGAAAUAGAAGAUUCUCCAACAUUUAUUCAAAAGGAGGAAACUGUUCAAAAGCCUCAAAAACCACAACGUACUUCAAAAUUAAAGUUAAAAGAGAAAAAGUUUGAAAGUUUAGAAUCAGUGACAGAAAGUACAGCAGAAAAAGAUGAAAUAAAAUUAGAAGAUAUUUCUUUCAUAAAACAUGAGGAUAUACAAGCUGAAAAUUUGGGAAAAAUGGGUAUUGAAACACUAACAGAAACAACUUCCUUAGAAACUGAAGAACAAAAAGAUUAUAAACAAGAAGUAAUAAUUAAGAAAGAACAUGGUCAACAUGAAAUAUCAGAAAAACCAGAAAUAACAGAUACUACUAUGCAGAUGAACUAUAAAAAAGAGAAUUUAGAUGAUGUUCCUGUUGUACCAAAACGAAAGAAAGGUAUAGAUAAAGAUGUGCAAGGAUUAAUUCCACAAAAGACAAAACUACAAAAAGAAGAAAAGGAAGAGAAGUUUAUUACUGAACAAAAUCAAGUCAUUUCAUCUAAAACUACAGAAAAAAUGGAUGUAGAACCAUCAAAACAAUUAUCCCCUCAAAUACAAGAAGUACAGAGGAACGAAAUGGAAAUAGUUUUUCCCAAAAUCACAGAAAAAACAGAAUCUACAAUACAAAAAAAAGAACAUUUUCCCCAACUAAAAGAAGAAACUGGGAAAGAACAAAUAUGUAUAGAAAAGAAAAAAUCAUCUCGCCAAGGAGAGCAAAAAGAAACAGCAAUAAAUUUAAUUGAAGGUGCAGACACAGAUGCAGAGAAAUAUCAAAUAAAAGAUGAAAUAAAAGAAAGAGAGGAAAAAGAAGGAACAAGAUCAGAUAAGUUAAAAGAUGAUGAUGAAAAGAAAACUGAAAUGAAAGAAACAGACAUUUUUCUACCACAACCUAAAAUAAGAAGAAAGGAUGUAAAAGAAUUUAUCAAAGAGCAAUCUUCAACUCAGAUACAGGAAGAAAAUAAACAAGAAUUGAGAGUAAAAGAAAAGGAAAUUGCUGUAAUUGAAGAAAAGAAAGAAGAGAAAAAAGAUGAAAUCAAGCCACCUGAAGCCAAAGUAAAGAAAGAAGUGAAGGAACCAGUGAAGGAAAAGUCUCCACCUCAAGUAAAGGAAGAAGAGAAGAAAGAAUUGGAAGUAAAAGAAAAAGAAAUUGCUGUGAUAGAAGAAAAGAAACACGAGAAGAAAAAAGAUGAAAUCAAACCAUCUGAUGCCAGACUAAAGAAAGAAGUGAAGGAACCAGUCAAGGAAAAGUCUCCACCUCAAGUAAAGAAAGAAGAGAAGAAAGAAUUGAAAGUAAAAGAAAAAGAAAUUGCUGUGAUAGAAGAAAAGAAACACGAGGAGAAAAAAGAUGAAAUCAAACCAUCUGAUGUCAGACUAAAGAAAGAAGUGAAGGAAAAGUCUCCAACAGAAGUAAAGGAAGCAGAGAAGAAAGAAUUGAAAAUAAAAGAAAAAGAAAUUGCCAUGAUCGAAGAACAGAAAGAAAAGAAAAAAGAUGAAAUCAAGCCACCUGAUGCCAAACUAAAGAAAGAAGUGAAGGAACCAGCAAAGGAAAAGUCUCCACCUCAAAUAAGAGAAGAGGAUAAAAAAGAAUUGAAAGUAAAAGAAAAAGAAAUUGCUGUGAUUGAAGAUCAGAAAGAAAAGAAAAAAGAUGAAAUCAAGCCACCUGAAACCAAAGUAAAGAAAGAAGUGAAGGAACCAGUGAAGGAAAAGUCUCCACCUCAAGUAAAGGAAGAAGAGAAGAAAGAAUUGAAAGUAAAAGAAAAAGAAAUUGCUGUGAUUGAAGAUCAGAAAGAAAAGAAAAAAGAGGAAAUCAAGCCACCUGAAACCAAAGUAAAGAAAGAAGUGAAGGAACCAGUGAAGGAAAAGUCUCCACCUCAAGUAAAGGAAGAAGAGAAGAAAGAAUUGAAAGUAAAAGAAAAAGAAAUUGCUGUGAUUGAAGAUCAGAAAGAAAAGAAAAAAGAGGAAAUUGUACCACCUGAAGUCAAAGUAAAGAAAGAAGUGAAGGAACCAGUGAAGGAAAAGUCUCCACCUCAAGUAAAAGAAGAAGAAAAGAAAGCUUUGAAAGUAAAAGAAAAAGAAAUUGCUGUUAUUGAAGAAAAGAAAGAGGCAAAGAAAAAAGAAGAAAUCAAGUUGCUUGAGACCAAAGUAAGAAAGGAAAGUCAAGAAGAAGUGAAAGAAAUUUUUCUACCUGAGGUAAAAGAAGAAAAACAGAAAGAGAAGAAAAAAUUGAAGAUGAAAGAUAAAGAAAUUUCUCCACCACAACAGAGUGAAGAAAAGAUGAAUAAGGAUGUCUCUCAUGCUACUGUCAGGAAAAGAAAAGAAAUCAAGCAAUCAGUAAGCGAGAAAUCAGUAGUUGAGACAGAGGAGAGAGAGGAAGAUGCUAAGACAAAAGCAAAACUUAUAUCGUCUUCUGAAUCAAAAGAAAUCUUAAAUAAAGAUUCAGUCAAAGAUCAAAAAGUGUCAAGAAGGAGAAGAAAAAGCUCUGUCAAAGAAAAACAAAUAGAACAUAAAAUAAAAGAGGAAGGAAAGAUUUCAGAUGACACUACUUUAAUUUCAACUGAAGUAAUUAAAAUAAAACCUAGAGACCCUGAUGAAAUGUAUAUUAAAGUCAGUGAAAAAGAUACUUCUAUUUCUUAUAAGGAGAAGAUUUCUUAUAGAAAGCCAAUUGAUUCAGAAUUAGCAAUACAUUCCAUUAAAACAAGAAAGGAAAAGUCAUUUGAAAAAAGUGAUAGCAUGAAAUCUCUUGAAAAAAUAUCUCCAAGUGUUUCUUUUACAUCUUUAAGUAGCUUAAGAAGGGAAAUGUCAUCAUCUUUAACUUCUUUGCGUGGUUCUGCAGAAUAUAUUUCCUCAAGAAGUCCGAGUAAAACUAGACAAUCAUUUUAUCAAGAGAUCAUUCCAUCUGGCCUUCCACCUCGUCCAAAGCCUAGAAGAAAAAUAAGGGAGUCAGUGACCGAAGUAACUCACAUGGAAUCUUCUCCAAUAUAUUGUAGAAGUCAUUCUGAUCAUUUCUAUUCUGACACGAAAGAUUCAGAUUAUUAUACAGCACUGAAUCAAAAAUUAUACAUGAGAAGUAACCAAGAAAUGAAAAGAAAACAGAUUUCAUCAUUAUCUCCAGAAAGAAUGGUAAUCUCUCCAGAAUCUUCAUACUUACAUGGUAUUGAUAAAAGAUUUCCUACACGAAAAAGUUAUGACAGUUAUCAUGUUCCACAUUCACCUUCCUUAAAAAUGAAGGAAUCCUAUUUUAGUGCUGGUAAAAGAGAACAUGCAUUACCUUUUGUCUCUUCCAUGCUGCCAGAUUCUAAAAGAAUUGAGAUGCAUGAAAAAACAUUUAAAGCUUAUAGAACUCCAUCUUUGGAAGAUAUUUGUUUAUAUUCAUUCAGAUCACAAUCGCCUUCAAAAGUUUCAGCAAGUUCACAGAGAGAGUUGGACUAUGUUGACUCAACAGCCCCGAAAACUAGUAAUGAAUUAACAAGAUCAAUUUCAUUAAGGAAUUUGAUAAAACCUGAAUCAAGACCUAUAUCUCCUAUUAUGGUCAAAAAAGCUACUCCUCAGAAAGAAGAUUAUUUGACUGUAUCUGAAAGAAGAGCUGAGAUUAGAAGAAGAAGAAAACAACAAACUCAAUUGAAAUUAUGGAGUUCCUUACAGGAUAUUUCAUUGGCUAGUGGAGACGUCACUUUCAACAGAUUAAGAAGAGAAGAGCCUUGUUUCAUGCGAUCAACAUCUGUUAGAGAUAUAACAAUGGAAGAUGAGAGGUAUAUAUCUGCAUUCCGAAAACUACAAGAUAUAAUUACUGAGCCUCCAUCACCACCGCCUAGGUUAUUAAAAGAAAUGAGAAAAGAAAUAGGAAUUAAAACACAAUAUAGAUCUCUUCGAGAAUUAAAUACUGAAAGUAUUCCAGUACCUCCACCCAGGAUAAUGAGGCACAUCAAUUAUAAAUACAUUCCACAGAAAUACUCAAUAAGAGAUAUAGAUAAUACAGAAGGAUCAUAUUAUCGUAUUAAAACAAGUAUUCUUCAAGAUUCUAUUAGAACAUCAAGAGAAACUCUUAGGCAAAGUUCAGAGGCAAAAACAAUUUACAAAAUUAUUUCUAGUAGGGAACAAAGUAGAGAACAAGGUAUUUCUGAAGAUAUUUCAAAAACGCAUAGAGGAUUUCAAGUUCACUCGUAUUCCAUUAAAGAUAUUAAUAAAAAAGGUUCUCUAUAUCUACCAGCUACUCAACAGAUUUCAAGCUAUAAAAAGGAUAGAAGUUCUUCCCCAAUUCCACCUUUAACAGAACGUAGCAGAGAAAGAAGUAGAAACUGGAAGAAUCAAACAAUUAAUCAAUAUUCUCCAAAAUUAAAGGGAGAAAUGUAUACUUCUUUAAGUAAAAGAGAUAGAAGUAUAUCACCAAUAGAAAGAUUAAGGAAAAUUAGCAAUAUGGAUGAUGAUAGAGAAAAAUUUAUGGAGACAAGUCGAUCAUCUCCAGAUUUUAGUAUUGAAAAAGUUUUAAGGAGUAGAUAUGUUUCUCCAAUGACAAAAAGAGUUAGUCGUAGCAUAUCUCCUUUAACAAGGUUAAAAGAAAUUUGCAAUAAAGAUGAUGUAAAUAGAAAAUCUGAAGAAGUAAAACAGACUUCAUCUUAUUUUAAUGAAAGUGUUACUGUGAGACGCAGAUAUGUAUCACCUGUAACAAGAGGAAAAUCUAGGAGAAGUAUUUCUCCAAUAACAAAGCUAAAAGAAAUAUGUAAUUCUGAAACUAUAAUAGAAGAUGGGGAAAUAAGCAGAUCUUCACCAGAUAGUUUGGAAAUUAGAGACAGAUACACUUCUCCUUACAAGACAAGAGAUACUAGAAAAAGUAUUUCACCAGUGAGAAGAGUAAGAAAAAUUAAUUCUGAGCAAAAACUUGAUCAAAUCCAAAGAUCAUCAUCUCCAAUAUUAUCAGAAAGAAAUAUAAGAUUUAAACCUAUUUUACCAGACAUUGCAUUAGCUAGUAGACAGUCUCGAACAAGAACAAGAUGUCAUCCUAUGUCAUCUGAUAAGAAAACUACAAAGAGAGAAGAAAUGGAUAAAACUACCAUGAUAUCAAAACUAAUUGAAAUGGAAUUUAAUAAAGAAGAAUCCAAGCAAGCAGCAGAACAUUGUGACACAAUAUAUCAAGCAGUGAAGUUCUUACAACAGCAAUGUGACUUAUGUGAAAACUAUUUUCCAGCUAAUCAGAUGAUAAAUAUGCUGCACUGUUCUCAUAAGUCAUGUAAAGAAUGUUUAAGAGCCUACUUUAUGGUCGAAAUUCAAGAUAGGAAUGUAGAAAAUUGGGUGUGUCCUCUAUGUGAUAAACCAGACUUGAAUGAUGAGAAUGCCUCUCGUGAUUAUUUUAAUCAUCUUGACAUAAUGCUUAAAGCUUUAAUGGAUACAAGAACAUAUGAAUUGUUUCAACAAAAGUUAAGAGAUAAUGCAUUAAUGAAAAAUCCAGAUUUUCAUUGGUGUACACAGUGUUCAUCCGGAUUAUUGGCUUGUCCCGGAAUUGUAAAACUCGAAUGUCCUGAUUGCGGAGCCAUCACCUGUACCCGCUGCCACUGGCUGUGGGACAAUGAGCACGAUGCCAGGACCUGCGCAGAAUUUCAGGCAUUAAAAUCUACUCAAACUCCUGAUAAAGAUGAUGGAUUGGAAUUUAUUUUAGAAAAACAAGGAACCAAAUGUCCAGAAUGUCGCAUCCAUUAUAAAAUGGCAAAAGGUGGAUGCUUACAAUUUUAUUGUAAUAACUGUCAUAAUUUCUUUUGUAGUGGAUGUAGGAAACUGUAUAAAAAAGGAAAGGAAUGUGGAAUAUCAAUGCACUGCUACAAACUUGGCUGGCAUGCGCAUCAUCCAAGAAAUUGUCUUUUCUUUUUCAGAGAUAAGGAACCAGAUGAUUUGCAGAAAUUUUUAAAAGAUAAUGGUUUUAUAUUUGAAAGUAAGCCUCCAAAGGAUUAUAUAAUGAAAAAGUGGUGUCCUGUAAAAGUACAGAAAUAUAGUCCUAGAGGAUGGCUUAAAGAUAUAUGUGGUAAACAGGUACAAGAAGAAUAUGCAGGACUUUGCAGAAUACAUUACAUAGAGUAUCUGGUUGGAAUUGUCAAUAGACAUUUGCUCGAUCCACUCGCCAUGAUGACUGUCGAAGACAUGAAAUUAAUGUUGCGCAAAGCACGAAAACCAAUACCCGAAAAAAGAAAGGACGAAUACGAACACAGAUAUCGUACCAAACUUCUAAAGAUGAUAUGGCAAGAGCUUCCUUUGGAGAAGUUAGAAGGAAGUUGAGCGAUUCAACAGACUAAACUUUAACUCGUUUGAAUCUGUCAAGAAGUUUCACAACUCUAUGUCAAAACGUGGCUAUUUUGUAUAUUGAAAACGUCACUGACCGGCUCAGACAAAGAAAGCCGGCAUCUUCGGCAUACAAAAUACGUCUUGCACAAAGCUAGACUAUAAGGAUUUUAAAAGUAAAUAAAUUUUCAUAUAUACUGAUUGGAAUUGAAAUUUUUUUUUAUUUGCUGUGUAAUCUAGUUUUAAGAUUUUGUUUCAAUGUCUCCCAUGAUAUAAAUUGUCAUUACUAGUCCUUCGUACUUAAGUUGUGUGAAUUUUUUAAAAAAUAAAAAUAUAUGAUUCAUGUGAUAAAGCUUUAAAAAAA